AUGGCAGGUGAAUUAGUAGAAUUUGAAGAGGGUACUAUAGGUAUUGCCCUUAAUUUAGAAUCAAAUAAUGUUGGUGUUGUAUUAAUGGGUGACGGUUUGAUGAUCCAAGAAGGAAGUUCAGUCAAAGCUACGGGAAAAAUUGCUCAGAUACCGGUGAGUGAGGCUUAUUUGGGGCGUGUUAUAAACGCCUUGGCUAACCCUAUUGAUGGUCGAGGUAAGAUUUCAGCUUCUGAAUCUCGGUUAAUUGAGUCUCCUGCCCCAGGACGCGGACAGCGAGAAUUAAUUAUUGGUGACAGACAGACUGGUAAAACAGCAGUAGCACAGAUACAAUUCUCAAUCAGCAAUGUCAAAAUUAAUAUGUGUCUAUGUGGCUUUGGUCAAAAAGCUUCUCCGUGGCUCAGGGAUUGA